CUAACCUAAGAUUACCAAUAACAAAUCAUUGGUCACCGAUAUUGAUCAAAUCCAAUAGCAGAACUCUGGGGAUAAAAGCCAGCUUGGAUACUCUUAAUCAAAAAAAUCAUUCUUCCCCUUCUAAAUCUCACUACACUUACUCGCAAUGCCUGAAGGUACCAUGAGAGCUCUGUGGUACAACAAGCCACAAGACUUUGAGAUUAAGCAAGUCCCAAUACCCAAAGUCGGUGACAACGAUGUACUCUUGAAAGUAUCAUGUUGCGGUGUAUGCGGCACAGACGGACACAUUCACGACGGGGAAUUCAUAUCCACAUUCCCGCUCAUCCCGGGUCACGAAGCUAUAGGAAAAAUCGUCGAAAUGGGAAAGGACGUCACAGGCUUCGAGAUCGGCGACCGCUGUGUUGCUGACGUAGGCCUAACCUGCGACAACUGCUUCUACUGCAGACGCGGCAAUUCCCUCCUCUGUGAGAACUUCAACGCCAGAGGCGUCACUCUCGAUGGUGGCUUCGCCGAAUACAUCGUAUACCAUCAAAAGAAGCUAUACAAGAUCAAGAACCUCACAGACGAAGAAUCAACCCUCUUGGAACCAGCCGCAUGCGCAAUCCACGGCCUCGACAAACUCAACCCACCCGUCGGCAUUGAAGUCCUCCUCCUCGGCGCAGGACCCACCGGACUCAUCCUCGCUCAGCUCCUCAAGCUUAACGGCGCCUCCCGUGUCGUCAUCGCCGCCAACAAAGGCAUCAAGAUGGACAUCGCCCGCGAACUCGACGCUGGUGAUGAAUACAUCGAAUUAGAUCGCCAGAAUCCCGAUGCACAGUGGCAGAAACUCAAAGAAGAUAAUCCAUAUGGCUUCGAUGUCGUGGUAGAGGCUACUGGCGUGGAAAAGAUUGCCGAUAUGUCGAUUGGAUAUGUGAGGAGGGGUGGGACGUUGAUGAUUUAUGGGGUGUAUGAGAAUAAGGCGCUCGUUCAUUGGCCCCCGUCCAAGAUCUUCGGGGAUGAGAUAACUAUCAUCGGUUCCUUCUCGCAGACAUACUGCUUCCCACGAGCAGUCGCAUACCUCGAUAGCGGAAAGGUCAAAGUCAAGGGAAUGGUGACGGAUGUGUUCAAGCUCGAGGAUUACCAAUUGGCCUUGGACAAGAUGAAUAGCAGAAAAGCAGUGAAGAUUGCGAUCAGGCCAUGAGCACAGAUCCGUAUCCUGCGCCCUUCAUCGUCACGGCGCACCUGCAACAAGUAAUACCUUGUACUUUAUCCUUUAUCUGUAUCUUAUCGCAAUUCGACACCGUAUAUGAUGCCCAUCUCUGUGUCGUCAAG